GUAAUCCUCAGAAAUGUUAACAUGUAAUAUUUUAAUGCUCAGAGAUAGGUUUGUUUUUUUUUUUUUUUUUAAAACCAUUUGUGUCCUGAGUUGAACUAUCGUGAAGGCUCCUUGGUAGGGUUUACUUCUUUGUUCUUUCUCUAAGUACAUACCAUUUAGAAAUUGCUUAUCACACUAAAUCUUCAGGUAGAAGUGGCUGAUUCAGUAGACUAAUUUUUGGCUCUUUGUCAUUUGCUUUAAAUAUUUUUUUCACAGAUAAUUCCUAUUCAUUGUAGAAAAUUAUAAAAUGCUGAAAUGAUCUUUAAAUCACCUAUUUCACCUUUCAAAUAAUAUAACCACUAGUCAACAUUUUGGUGUGCAUCCUUUCAGGUAUUUUUACGGGGAUCAGUGUUUUAUAUUAAUUACAAGGCAGGUUCUUGGUUAUUGUAAUGCUGUUUUAUCUGUUGAAGUCUAACGUAUUUGUCUUUAACUAAAAAUUACAUUCAGAACAUGCCAUCACUUUAACUAGAAUAAUAGCUGUUAGGGACAAAUGCCUUUUAAUUACAUUUUUGUGCAGAGAGGGAAAAAAGAUGAAGAGUUUCUUUUUUUUUACUUCUUUUUUUUCAAAAUUAAAAUUGUGGGUACUGUAUGCACCAAGUACAAAUAUUGGGAACAAAGUGCUUCCAGACCUAAAAAUGGUAUAAAAUGAUGUAUGUAAAAGUAGAUUAUCCAAAGAAACUUCAGCUUGAGUUUAUUUAAGUUUCCAAGGAAUUAAAUACUUAGCACAUGCAUUAUCUCAUUAUCCUUCCACUGUUGAUAAGGCUGCAACCAAGAAAACAGAAGGUACGCAUUUUGUAGGUUAAAAAAUUGAGGCGUAUUUGCAGGAUAUACAAAUACUGAAUCAUUACUUUGUACACCUGAAACUAGUAUACUGUUAAAUGUCAAUUAUACCUCUAGAAAAAAGAAUUGAGGCAUAGGAAAGGAAUGAUUUAUUUAGACUGAGUAGCAUAUAUACUUGAUUAUAUUUAGCUGUGACAGAAAAAUCUAAAAUAAUAGUGACUUACAGAACAAAAUUUAAUUUUUUUCCAUGCGAAAGUCUGGAGGGAAGCAAUUCAGGACUGGUCAGCUUCAUAAAACUUGAGACUUGUAUUGUUUAUCUGGCAACACCAGCACUUAACCCCAGACCUCAAGAGAGCUGCUCUAGCACCAGUCACGUCUGCAUUCCAUCCAGUGGGAAGAAGCACACACUUUUCCUUUUAAAAACGGAAAAAAACCCAACCCAACUUUAUUGGGAUAUAAAUCACACACCUUACCAUUCACCCAAUUAAAGUGUACAAUUCAGUGGCUUUUAGCAUAAGCACCGGAUUGUGCAGCUAUCACCACAAUCUAAUUUUAGAGUAUUUUCAUCCUGUCUUCAACCCCUGUACUCCUUAGUCAUUCUCUACCCAAAGUCCUAGGCAACCACAAACCUACAUUCUGUCUGCAGAUUUACCUCUACUGGAGAUGGCAUAUAAAUGGAAUCAUACAAUAUAUGGUUUUUGCAUCUUUUCAUUUAAGGUUUCCAAGGUUCAUCCAUGUUCUCUUUAUUGUGGAAUAAUAGUCCAUUGUGUGGAUGUAUCCACCACAUUUUAUUUACCCAUCAGUUGAUGGACGAUCGGGUUUCACUUUGGGUUAUAAAUAAUAUUGCUAUGGACAUUUCGGUUCAAGUUUUUGUGUGAACAUGUUUUUUUCUAGGGUCUUUACUUAGGAAGAAUUGCUGGGUCAUACGGUAAUACCAUGUUUAACUUUUUGAAGAGCCAGCGUGCCAUAGUGCCUCCACCGGUUUUAGAUGUCUGUCCACCAGCGAUGUGUGAUUUCUGCACACCCUCCCCAAUGCUUGUUCCUGUCGUUCUUUUUAAUCCUAGCCGUCCAGUGGUGUGGUAUCUUGUAAUUUUGUAUUUCCUUAAUGACAUAAGCAUCUUUUCAUGAGCUCAUUGUCUAUCUUUGGAGAAAUACCUAUAGAAAUCCUUUGCCCAUUUUUUUAAUUGGGUUGUCUUUUAUUGUUUAGUUGUACGAGUUCUUUAUAUAUUCCAGUACCAGUCUUUAUGAUUUGCAGAUAAUUCUCCCAGUCGGGUUAUCUUUUCACUUGUUAGAUGGUUUACAGCACAAAAUUUUUCAUUUAGAUAGUCCACCUUGUGUCCUAAGAAAGAAGUUAUCUAACCCAAGGUUAUGAAGAUUUGCUCCUGUUCUCUUCGAGUGUUUUAUAGUUUUAGCCUUUACACUUAGGUCUGUGGUGCGUUUUCGGUUACUUUGUGUGUGUGAUGUGACCCCUUCCCUUUGAAGGACUUUUUUGGGAAACCAUUAUACACUGCUCAGCUUUCAUUCACCGGCCGAAGUACGUGGCUACACCCAUCUCAUCUGCGGGAGGCUGGACAAUGUGUGUUUCAGGCAUCUCGCAUCAAAUGUAGGUUGUAAACCUAUUCAGCCAUAGUCUUAGCCUAAGCAAGUCAAUUCUGUUGCUUCGUUUUUCAAAUAAAUGGAUCUGGCGGUUUUUUUCACCAGCGAGGAUUUAGGGUGUUCAGCGCGAACCGGCGCUGGCUCUAACUCCCUCGGGGACCUGCCCCCAGGACAGCAGUCCCGAGGGACUUACCGGCGCCCCACCCCCCGCCACCCCCGGCAAAUCUGGGCUCCUGCGGGAAAGGAAACGGCGCCCUUCGCGGCUUCCCGCUGUCCCCCGCGUUGCCCGCGGCCCGCCCCUUGCCGCGCCGCGCCCACUCGGCCCCCGGAGCCGCCCUCCUCGCGGGAGCCGGGCCGCGGGCCGGGUGAUAACGCCGCAGGGCUGCGGCCGCGGGCGGAGCUGCCGUGCGCCAUGGCCGCGUCCCCCGCAGCGCCCCCGGCCCUCGCCGUCGAGGCGCCGCCGCCCCAGCCGGAAGCGCGCACCUUGGAGCACGGCUCGGACAGCAGAGCCGGUCAGCUCUCCUUCUAUACCAAGGUGUGCUAUGGCAUUGGUGGGAUCCCCAACCAGGUGGCCUCCAGCGCCACAGCCUUUUACCUGCAACUCUUCCUGCUUGAUGUGGCACAGGUCCCUGCUGCCCAGGUGUCACUUGCCCUGUUUGGAGGGAAGGUGUCUGGGGCAGCUGCCGACCCUGUGGCUGGGUUCUUCAUCAACAGAAGCAGAAGGACAGGGUCUGGACGCCUCAUGCCGUGGGUGCUGGGCUGCACGCCCUUCAUCACCGUGGCCUACUUCCUCCUGUGGUUCCUGCCCCCCUUCACCAGCCUGCGGGGCCUCUGGUACACAAGCUUCUACUGCCUGUUCCAGGCGCUGGCCACGUUCUUCCAGGUGCCCUACGCGGCGCUCACCAUGCUUCUAACCCCCUGCCCGACGGAGCGGGACUCGGCCACGGCGUACCGGAUGACCAUGGAGAUGGCGGGGACGCUGAUGGGAGCCGCCGUCCACGGGCUCAUCGUGUCGGGCGCCCACCGGCCGCACAGGUGCGAGGACGCCGCGCUCGCCGGGCCGGUCGCCGUCUCCCCCGACGCGGCUCGUCUCUACUCCAUCGCAGCCGCCGUGCUCGCUAUGACUUACCCUGUCUGCAGUGGUUUGCUGUGCCUCGGGGUGAAGGAGCGACCAGACUCCUCUGACCCAGCCUCCGGCCAAGGCCUGAGCUUCCUGGCUGGGCUGCGCCUCACUGUCCAGCACCCGCCCUACCUGAAGCUGGUGAUCUCCUUCCUGUUCAUCUCAGCAGCCAUUCAGGUGGAACAGAGCUACCUGGUCCUGUUCUGUACACAUGCCUCCCGGCUACAUGAUCACGUCCAGGGCGUGGUGCUAACCAUCCUGGUCUCGGCUGUGCUGAGCACCCCGCUGUGGGAGUGGGUUAUACAACGAUUUGGGAAGAAGACAUCGGCCUUCGGGAUCUGUGUGAUGGUGCCUUUUGUAAUCCUGUUGGCUGCUGUACCCACAGCACCUGUGGCAUAUGCGGUGGCCUUGGUAUCUGGCCUGAGCAUUGCUGUGUCCUUGCUGCUACCCUGGUCCAUGCUUCCAGAUGUGGUGGAUGCCUUCCAGCAGCAGCACCAGCAUGGCCCAGGCCUGGAGACCAUCUUCUACUCAUCCUACGUCUUCUUCACCAAGCUUUCCGGCGCAUGCGCCCUGGGUAUCUCCACUCUCAGUCUGGAGUUUGCGGGCUAUGAGGCAGGAGCCUGCAAGCAGGCGGAGCAGGUGGUGGUGACCCUCAAGGUCCUCAUCGGGGCCGUGCCCACCUGCGUGAUCCUCACCGGUCUGUGCAUCCUCAUGGUUGGCCCGACUUCAAAGGUGCCCUCUGGGGAGGACCCCUCCCACCGGCAGAGCCUUAAGAGAGACAGAGAGAAAGCGUGCCCAAGCAGGGGGAGUGGCAGGCAGAGGGAGAAGCAGACUCCCCCUGAGCAAGGAGCCCGAUGUGGGACUCGAUCCCACGACCCUGGGACCAUGACCUGAGCCGAAGGAAGACGCUUAACUGACUGAGCCACCCAGGCAUCCCCUCCUGGAUUUUCUUCAGCGACUCUGCUCAUCCCUGCUCAGUCUCCCUCCCUCGAUUAUCUGUUGGAUGUGGUGUGGAAGGGCUCCCUCCUUGGCCCCUGCUCCAUUUGGUCUCCAUAACAUCAGGCACCUCAUCCACUGGCUUGAUCUCGAGCCCCUCUUCUAUCUGGAGACUCCUAGACCUGCCCCUCCCCCGGACUUCCUUCAAGUUCUCGAUCCACAUAUCUGGCUCCAGUUUGCACGUCUCCACCUGAUGUCCCACAAGCAUGGAGUCACUUUCAAAGAGCCCCGAACUACUGAACUCAUCUUUCUGCCUGGGGCUCCGCCUCCUGUGAUGGCACCAUCCUCCCCCCUGGGAGCCAAAAGCUGGGUGGUCUUCUACUCUUUCCCCCACAGGUUGUGCUGAGCUGCGCUCUGAAGCUUGUUCUUCCUGCUUCCAGGGCACUGAUCCCGCUGCCCGACGAGAUGCCCACUGGCUGGCUUUCCCCGUGGACUGUGGGGAUCUUGAAGGCGGGGGCUGUGUUUUACUCGUUUCUGCAUGCCCAGCCCAGCUCAGAGGCCAAGGCCACGCUGGUGCCGCAAUGUCAAGGCAUCUGGCCCGGCAGCUUUCACAAGCACGUGGCCACCUGUUUGGAGAUGCUCGUACACUCACAAAUACCAGCACUUGUCCAUAUACGGGAUCAGCAGGAAGUGACACUGUCUCGGUCCUUCAUUCUCAGUGUGGAUGGCUCAGACUCCGGCCAAGUAACACUGAGAUCACACGCACACUUGGAACGACACAUAGAUAGGGAACUGCUGGAUGGACUUGGGAGAAAAACGGGGGCUGCAGCUUUAUUCUAGGGGUUGGGAACUGGAGGAGUUGCCAGGGAGGGAGGGAGCUGCCACUGUCACGUCCAUGGGGGUCUGGGGCCGGACAGAGUCCUCCCCCACCCUCAUCUGUCUCUUUGGUUUCUUUUCCUUUUGCAGGAGGACCAGCUAUACCCUCGCCUGAGGUCUGACCUUAUACGGGCAGGAACAGCAGGAGCCUGCGUCUUCUGGGCUCGAAGUCCCUCUUUCUUCCCAGUCCCUUAGCUCGUCUACUUCGAAGGUUACACGUGACCCGUCUUUUCCCCUGGGAUAUGGAGCCUUCAGGGACAUCUCCUGAAGGGACUGGCCUGGGCUCCUGGACCCUCACCCGCCACUUCUUGCUUGUUGACCACAGACCAUGUCAGAUAGGCCUGUGCCCCAGACCACCCAGCUCCGGGUAACCGUGACCUGGAAAGCAUCCCAAGAGCAACUAUUCCUGGAAAAGGAAGCCCCACAACCUGCUCACCCGACAGGACAGACACACAGACCUCUUGUUCUUCCUGACACUCCAGUGGACAUCUGAGAGAGAGACUGACAGAUACCACAUGAAUGGGCAGAGUGGGGACAGAUGGACAUGCUGGGAAUGACAUCAGGAGAGACACAGAUAGAGGCACUGAGACCAACAGACCUCAGAGGGAGCAAAUGGGGACAGCAGCGGGGGAGGAGACUGAGCAGGACUAGAGAGGUGUUUCUCAAGGCUUUCUGUUUGUUCAGAUAAGCCAGCAACACUUUCUGGAAUCAGACACAGACUGAUAUUGAAACACCAAAGAUCAAUCAUUUUUAUGAACAGAAGUUAUUUUUGUGGAAAUAGUUUUCUGAAAUUGUAUCUUGUAAAAGCACAAGAACCACAGUUUUCUAAAGGCCAUAUCUUUGGGGAAGAAAGACCCACUGAAGUUUAUUUAAAAAUAUAUAUAUAUUUAUAUAUUUUAAA